GGCAUUAGCGAGAUUACUCAUACGUAUUCCUAAUAUGUAAAGCGUUAUACAAAACUGUUUGAGAUCUUAUGUGACAAGUCAGUGUCUAAUAAAUCAUCAUCUAAAGUGUACGUUUCUUUUAUCUUAUGGACCCUCAUACACGCACAAAUAGAGUAGACACCAAAGUGGUGACCCCGACCAACAUGAAUUCGCAAACAGGACCAUCAACCAGCACUGCCACCUCCAGCGGAGUUACCGAAUUGGCAUCAGUAACAGUCUCGUCGAGAAUACCGGAAUUUUGGUGCGACCAGCCGCGUCUGUGGUUUAUACAAUGUGAAGCCAUUUUGGGACCACAAAAGUUGAGUGAUGAGGCAAGAUUCAACCUCGUCGUAGCCAAGCUCGGAAAAGAGGUUAUCCAGCAAGUCAGUGACAUAUUAUUGAAACCACCAGAUACCAAAAAGUUUGACGCAUUGAAAGAGCGUUUAUUGAAGGCUUAUGAAGAAUCAGAGUUAAGACAGUUUCAAAAACUUUUGAGUGGUAUGGAGUUAGGUGAUCAGAAGCCUUCACAGCUUCUGCGCCGAAUGAAAGAUUUGGCCCGUGAAAAGAUUCCUGACGAAACUCUUCGCAUCAUGUGGCAAGGACAUUUGCCUUCUUCCGUCCGUGCCGUGCUAGCAGUGAGUGAGAGUCAAGACCUGGAGAACCUGGCAGCAGUUGCGGAUAAAAUUAUGGAAACGUCAAGACCUUUACAAGUGGCAGAAGUGAACUCAACACCUCUCAGUGACAGUUCGUUCAUUUUGGCCGAAAUAGCUAAAUUGAGCUUAAAAAUCAGAGACAUGGAGAGAAGUCGAAAUCAAUAUAAAAGGUUUAACAAUAAUCGCUCGAGAUCACGUUCGACGUCUCGUGCCCGUAACAUGAGCCGCCGUACGCCGGACAGUCCAGGCUGGCUAUGUUACUAUCAUCAUAAAUUUAGACAAAGAGCAAUUAAAUGUGUGGAACCGUGUGCGUGGAAAAAACCUGAACAAAAGGAAAACUAAACGUGGUGCAGUCGGAGGCGGCGAUUUGCACCAUCAAUCCUGUUCACCGCCUGACCUUAUUGGACAAUAACAGUGGACUUAAAUUUUUAGUAGACACAGGGGCAAAUAUAUCUGUUUUACCA